UAAAUCUCUUCAUAUAUAAAUUCUUAUAUACAUACUCCAAGUAUGUUAUCUUGCCAAAACUAAGCAAAAAGUUAUAUAUAUAGAACCAUUGAGGACGUUACAAUGAGAAAAGACAUGGUUGAUCAACGCUCUAAAGGCUACAUGCCUUUGUCACCGAUUAGUUUCCUAGAAAGAGCAGCCACCAUGUUUGGUGACAAGGUUUCCAUCAUCUACAAUGAUCAUGUUAGAUUUUCAUGGAGACAAACCUAUGAAAGAUGCCUCAAUCUUGCUUCUGCUUUGGUCAACUUAGGAAUUUCUCAUGGUGAUAUUGUAGCAACUUUAGCACCAAAUGUUCCAGCACAGUAUGAGCUUCAUUUUAGUGUACCUAUGGCAGGUGCUAUUAUUUCUGCACUCAACACCAAACUAGAUGCAACAACAUUAGCACUUAUAUUGGAACAAUUAGAAGCUUGCAAAGUCAUAUUUGUUGACUAUGAAUUUAUUGACUCUGCUUUCAAAGCAUCAAAUAUAAUCUCUCAAAAAAAAUGCAAGCCACCCCUUAUUGUCCUAAUGCCAAAUUAUGACCAAUUAGUGAAAGAUAUUCCUCAAGGUACCUUAUUCUACAAUGAGCUUCUAGCAAAGGGAGAAUCAAAUUUUAAAACUUUAAUGCCUAGUAAUGAAUGUGAUCCUAUAUCAGUGAAUUAUACAUCAGGCUCCACAGGAAUUCCUAAAGGAGCUGUUUAUAGUCAUAGAAGUGUCUAUCUUAAUUCACUUGCAACGAUUACUCGUUUCAACGUGAAUCCUUUGCCGGUUUUUCUAUGGACAGUGGACAUGUUUAGAUGCACUGGAUGGUGUUUCAUUUGGGCAAUAUCUGUUCUUGGUGGCACCAACAUUUGUCUUAGAAAUUUCACAGCAAAAGAUAUUUUUGAUGCAAUUCAUGUUCAUAAGGCAACUCAUUUGUGUGGUGCACCUACCCUUUUGGAAAUCAUUGCAAAUUAUGACAUUAUUCAUAGGCCUCUUCCUCACAAGGUGAGUAUCACAGUUGCUGGUGUAUUGCCACCAUUCAAAAUUCUCAACAAGGUGGCAGAGCUUGGAUUUGAUGUAAACAUUGGAUAUGGUAUGACAGAAGUUUUAGGUCCAGUCAUUGUAAGAAAGUGGAAACAAAAUUUAGAUGAUGAUAUUACAAAGCUAAAUUAUUAUGUUGAGAAAGGGCUAAUAGACUUUAUGAUGGUAGAGGUUGAUGUGAAAGAUCCAAAUACAAUGAAGAGUGUUCCUUAUGAUGGGAGAACCAUAGGUGAAAUUAUGUUUAAAGGGAAUACUUUGAUGUUAGGGUAUCUUAAGAGUUCACAAAUGAUUGAAGAAGCUUUUAAGGGUGGAUGGUAUAGGACUAGGGACCUAGGUGUCAGGCUACCUAAUGGUUCUUUUAGUUUGAAAGAUAGGGAAAAAGACGCUAUUUAUUCAAAGGGUGAGGUUGUGAGUUCACUAGAGGUAGAAGCAGUGUUGUUGAAUCAUCCAAUGGUUUUGAAAGCAGCUGUUGUGGGGAGAUAUGAUGAUGAGUCUUUGGUGGAGUCACCUUGUGCAAUUGUGGAAUUGAAGGAUGGAUGUAGUGCUACUGUUGAAGAUAUCAUCAAGUUUUGUGAAGAUCAAUUGAAUCCUGACAUGGUUCCUAGGAGUGUGAUCUUUGGGGAUUUGCCUCUUAAUUCAACUGGGAAGGUGCAAAAAUUUCUUAUUAAAGAAAAGAUAAAAAGCAAUGAGUCAUGGAGGGUGUGACUCAAUUUAAUUAGGGUGUGGUUUUAUGAUUUUAAAUAAAACAAGGAGAAGUGAAAUUUGUAAGGGGCCAAACAAGCUUGUAUUAAGCUUAUUUGUUGUUUUAUUCUUGACACUUGAAGUCAUUACUUCCUAAAGACAUGCAGUAUAUGAAUUGUGAGUUGUGUUGAAAGUUACAAAUAUCUUUCUUUUGUUUUUUUGGAAAAGUUUGGGAGUGCAAAAAUUGCCUGAUUCUAAUGCAAGGAGACAUGGUUACAUAUUCUAAUGU